GUCAUCGUUUGCUUCGGACACACCGACCUCGCUUCGCCCUCCACUUUCUCCAGCGCUCGGGUCCGGGUUUCCGAUUCACUCGGUGGUACUGAGGAUUGGCACUCUCCUCGACUAAAAGGCCUUCUCGAACCAUUAUUCUCGAAUUUAUUUCUACACUUCAGCUCGGGGAUCGGUUGCGGAUUUUUACUCUCGGUCGCAUCGAACGAGCUGUCUCCAUGAGUUCUUCGGUCGCAUCGAGCAGUCUUAAGACAGCGAGCUCUCUGCACCUCGCACCGGGAUUCGAACCGGACCGUAAAGCCGAUCAGGAAAUCGAGCGAUUGUGCAUAUCCAUGGAGCAAUGGGAGGAGCGAGCGCUCAAGUCGUGCCUGCCAGCCCAAGGGAGCGACAAAUUCAUUCUGAUCACCGGCGCGGCGGGAUUCAUCGGCACGCACGUGGCCCUGGCGCUCAAGCGCCGAGGCGACGGCGUCGUGGGCCUGGACAAUUUCAAUGACUACUACGACCCGUCGCUCAAAGCGGCCCGCCGCGCGCUGCUGGAGAAGGAGGGCGUGUUCGUGAUCGACGGCGAUUUGAACGACGCGCGGCUGCUCGAGACCCUGUUCGGAAUCAUCCCGUUCACGCAUGUCAUGCACCUGGCGGCGCAGGCCGGAGUGCGCUACGCGCUCGAGAACCCGCACUCGUACGUGCACAGCAACAUCUCCGGGCUCAUCACUCUUCUGCAGGUGUGCGUGAAGGCGAACCCGCAGCCAGCUCUGAUCUGGGCGUCCUCGAGCUCGGUCUACGGGCUCAACACCAAAGUGCCCUUCUCGGAGAGCGACCGCACGGACAGCCCCGCGAGCCUCUACGCCGCCACCAAGAAGGCCGGCGAGGAGUUCAUGCACACUUACAACCACAUCUACGGCCUCUCCAUCACCGGGCUCAGAUUCUUCACCGUCUACGGCCCCUGGGGCCGUCCCGACAUGGCGUAUUUCUCCUUCACGCGCGACAUUCUGUCGAACAAGCAGAUCACAGUGUUCAAGGGCCCCGACAAUACCGAUCUUGCUCGAGAUUUCACCUACAUCGACGAUGUCGUGCAGGGCUGCGUGGCCUCUCUGGACACGGCCCAGCCCAGCACAGGCAGCGGCGGUAAGAAGCGGGGCCCGGCGCAAUUGCGAACUUUCAAUCUGGGCAACACCACUCCCGUCACCGUGUCCUGCUUGGUGAGCACUCUCGAGAACCUGCUGGGCAAGGAAGCCAACAAGAAGUACAUCCAGAUGCCCCAGAAUGGCGAUGUGCCCUUCACCCACGCCGAUGUGUCCUUAGCCAAAGCUGAACUGGGCUACAGCCCCACCACCGAUCUCCAUUCUGGGUUGAAGAGAUUUGUCAGCUGGUACUUGAAUUACUACAAGAAAGAAACGUGAUCGGUCUGUGCAUUACACGAGCUCGUGCGUCCCCUCGGCUGAAAGCAGGAUAUGAAUCCCGCGCAAGAAGAUAAUCGAUCUCUUCGGUUCGUGACGACGACGACGACCUCCGGUUUCAAAUCGUCCAGUGCUCGGGAAUAUUCCCACAGUUUGGCCAGCUCGCGCGACGGGGAACUUACGUACAAAUAUUCAAUCAUCUGUGUUCCGAUGUUCGGAACCAGUCUCGUUGAAGAUGCCCUCUCCAUAGGAAAGCCCCCAAUUCAUUCGAGGAGCAAGAAGAACGCGUGGCAACAUCGACAAUUCCACUGCCGCUCCAGAAGAAGAAGAAGAAAAGACUAGAUUCGCUUGUCACGAGGUCAAGGCAAUAAAGGAACUCGAGGACUUCCGAAUUGGAAGCAUCGAGCCGUGUUCAACUCUCAGGCCAUUGCCAUUGCCAUUGGCCUGCCAUUAUGACGAUGAUGCGCAGCACAUUGUGUCAAGAGCCAUUCGCUCUGCGCGAGUCCAAGCCCGCACGAAAUUGUUGAACAUCGUAGCGUUUCCGCUUCUCGGUCACGAAGCGGAGGAGUGCUCGGCCCUUGCUCGUGACCGUGUGCGGUUGAGUCCGUUGCGAUUCUAUCAUUGUUAUCGCAUGAUUGACUUCUCCCAUUCUUUUGAUCCAAUUGAUUACUUUCCUACGAGUCUACUGAAAAAGGGUAUCAAUCUCGUUCGUUUUGUUGGUGAACAUUUCUUAGAAAAACAUAAAAUUGUUGCCUCCUAUUCUUGAUUCUGUAU